AUGGGUGCCAACAAUUCUUCUGUUUGGCAUCAAACAAAUGCGCUGUCAGUACCCAUGAAGAAUCAAGUCAUACGUUUCAAUUCCUCAGCAACAUGGAAGCUCCAUUUUGAUUCAUUGAAAGAAACAAACAAAUUGAUUGUUAUUGACUUCACAGCUUCAUGGUGUGGUCCCUGCCGACACAUGGAGCCAGUUAUCAAUGAGUUUGCUGCUAAAUAUACAGACGUCGAGUUCAUCAAGAUUGAUGUGGAUGAACUGGCUGAUGUAGCCCAAGAAUAUGGAGUGCAAGCAAUGCCAACAUUCGUGCUGAUAAAGCAAGGGAAAAUAGUUGAUAAACUUGUGGGAGCAGAUAUAGAUGGGCUGCAGAAGAAGAUUGAAAUAAACAGAGCUUAAGGAACCAAAAAGAAAGCACUAUUUCUUCCUCACUUCAAUAAGGGUGAUGAUAUCCCUUGUCAUUGUUGUAUAUUGGGCUUGAAUAACAAGAUGCUUUGCUUGUGUUGUGUCCAUAUCA